AUGGGUUGCUACCAAAGUAACACCUCUAAAGAGAUCGGAAUUUCGUCUACAUGGGCGGAGUUCCAAGACGACUGGUUUGCUCAAGGGCCCUCCCGACUGGCUUACAGAGGAACGCUUCACGGUGAUUCCCGCAUAGAAGGGAAGCGCUGCGUGGUUAAAGUGUACAAACAGGAAUGGUAUGACUAUGAAGACCGAGGAGAAUUUGCCUGGAAAACUGACAACCGUGCUUAUGUCAAAGCACAUGAGAUGUCGCAGUCUUUUAACAAGGAGUAUCAAACGAGCAAACAUAUCGAGUUUGUUAAACCUGAAUUCAGCCGAGUUAACACCCGUGCCGCUUUCAAAUUUCUAUGGCGUUUUCCGUUUGAGAGAGAAGUUAAAGGAAUACAGGAUGGCACAAGGGAUAAGGUCUCAAAUGUUAUCCCCGAAAAUGCGACACUUGCUGUCGAGAGGUACCUUGAGGGUAAUUUUAUCAAAUUCUCAAGCAACACUGGGUACGUAACCCCCGAAAAAAGUGCCUCGCCAUCUGCCUAUAGUCAUUACACGUAUCACGCAUCUGAUGGCAAGAUUUUGGUUUGCGAUUUGCAAGGGAUACGCGGUGACACGGGGCACAUAUUCACUUCCCCAGCUGUUCACAGCAGUGGCACGGAUCUCGGUGUGUACGGCCCUACUGAUUUGGGGAAAGUUGGUAUCGUGAAGUUCUUUAAGAACCAUACCUGUAAUGUGUUGUGCUCUGGGCUCAAUAAACCAAAACUUAUCGCCGAUCCAUUUAAUGAAGAGAGGUUGAAUACAAUCGUCAAUGCCUUGCCUGAUGACUAUUGCUCUUCAACGUACACUCAUGAGUUGAGUGAGCUCACCAACGUCCCUCUGGAUGAGAUCAAACGAGUGCAAAGCAAAUUGAAGUUGACAGGAGUUACUGAGUAA